AUGAUCGCGCCGUUCCAGGGGAGGGAUCCGUGGGUUUGGGGUCAAACUUCCAUUUUGGGGAGGAUUGCCUGGAGGAGAAUAAGAAGGUUCAAGGAAGAUUGGCUCUGGAAUGGUGUGAAGUUGGUGGGAUUGGAGUUGGAGGAUGUCGAUGUUGACGUUGAUCUAGCACGUUUUGCUUGCUGCAACGAUGCGGCUCUCCGUGAAUCUUUCGACUCAACGUCGUCAGGGAAGGUUGAGUCUGGAUUCUGGAACAAAUGGAGAGAUUUACAGAGAUCAGAUGGAUACCUUUUGACUGCGUUUUUCAUCCUCAUUCUCGCUGUUGCUAAUAAGGUUCUUAGCAAAAGUAAGCGACCUUCCCCUCGGCGCAUCCCUUCCUCCGUGCAGCUGCAUGCAUCCAUCAGCUGCUGCAGGAAGUGGCGACUCCGGGCCAUUUUCGUCGAUGAACCCCCCAAAUCAGAUUGCUCAACACAGUACGUCUCAACUCACAUCGAUCGUUAUACUCCUACUCAUCCUCACCUCGUCCUCAAAGCCCAGUCGUCUUCUCAUUUAGACAGUACUACAGCACCCAGCAGUAGCUUGUGGUACUUUGCUGACAAGCCUUUACCUGCACCGUCUGCCUCUACACCUAUGAUCGGCCCUCCAUCAACGUUCUACAACCCAGAGGAUAACUCUCAACAGCUGAGAGACAGCCAUGCACAGCAGUACCAGCAAUGGAUUGAAAUGUUCGGUAACCAGCAGCGGGGUGCUACUACAGCGUACGACGCACUUCAGCAGCAGCAGCACCACCAGCACAGGGGGUACCAGCCAAUGCCACAGACCCAGUUCAACUUUGUCGCUGGGCAAUACACGCCUCCUCACUCGUUGAGCGCCUACGCGGAAUCAGCAUCGGGUGGCACGGUCACUCAAUCUAAUGUGGGCGCGCCUUCGGAUGAUUACGACAAUUCGAGGGAAGGCUAUCAACCCUAUUACGACCUUUUGGCGGCUACGGCUGGCGCGUCUUCAUCUUCUGUCUCGCCUCAGUCGUAUCAUCCAAGGGCCAUGUCUGAAUCAACUUAUACGGAGACGCCUAGUUCGGCGUAUCAGCAACCUACGCAUUCUCAUCCUCAUUCUUUACAAACGAACCCACAGCAGCGUUCGAGUGCACAGACGCAACAUCAGCAGCAAACACAACCACAACGUCCCACCCAACCCGCUCCUUCCCAUGCACGCCAACAGCAUCUUUCUCCUCAUCACCAGCAGGCCUAUUCAUCCGGGUCUAACACGCUAUCUACACACUCUGCUUCUUUAUCCCCGGCUUCUGUGUCGUGGACUGAUGAUGCGAGUUAUCCAAACGCGCAUCCGAGCCCGCCGUCGGUGAAUGGAAGGGGCACGUAUGCACAACCACAACCACAACAUCCACAACGACAGAAUGGUGCACUGAAUGGGAAUGGCGCGGCGGGGAGGUCAACGCACAUUAGAAGACCUGUGGGUACGGUUGAGUUGAGUCCCGGGGGUUCUCCCCCUGGCACUAAUGGGAUCAAUGGUACUUCGCACCAACCCCAAAAACAAACACAUUCGCAUCACUUGCUCGUUGGUCCACCGCUACCACCAGCAGCCCAGGCACCUAAAGCGAAUGGAACUGGGACUGGGAUUGUUACGAAGACGGGGUCAAAACGGAAAAGGGUGAAGAGGGGUGUGGGUGAAGAGUCUUCUUCACCACCUCAAAACCAACAUCGGCCACACCCGCAACAACAGAACGGGAAUGGGAAUGGGCAACUGAAAAUUGUACCGUGGACUGAAUUUGCUGGGGAACCAGGGAGCGAUUCGGAUAGUGACGAUUCGGACGAUGAGGGUUUUUUUGAUGGUGGUGGGAUUGGUGUUGGGUUGGGUGGGUUGGGGGUUGUUAGUAAGGGUGUGAAGAGGGGGAGGGGGUUUGGGGGGCGGAGUCGGCUAGAUGGGGGGAGGGGGAGCGUGUGCGGAGGAGAUUGUUGGUGGGGAGCCUUGGUUGAUGAAGCCUUUGGUUGGAAGACCUUGGUUUCCCCAUGGGUUGCUGCGUAUAUCGUCAACUGCGGGAUUGCUGCGAUAGUUUCGUGUUGCCCGUCCGGUCUUCUUUCUUGCAUUCACUCAGUCGUCUAUGAUGAUGAAGAACCGGAACUGACUGCGCUUUCUCUCUUCUUUUCAUAUAACCUUACUCCGUGUGGCUCUGCACCAAAAUUGUCUCGGUCAAUACCCUGUGGCGUUAACCUCUCGUCGACCUCGGGUUUGAAUGAACAUUACGCCGCUUCAACAUGGGCUACCCUCUCCGCCGUUUAA